CACCGACACAGAGCUGGCUCGCGGCUGCAUGAGUCCGCAUCUGGAGAAGACAGGAAGCUCGUUUUGGCAUCUGGAUAACUCGCUGUCUCCGUCUCUCUCUCUAUCCCGGUUUAGAAGCGCGACUAGAUCUAACCCGGACUCAGGUGAUGACUCACCUCUGGGCCCUCCUGUCAGCCCUGCUGCUGGUUUCGUCUGUGGCUGAGCCUCUGAACAGCCCCGAGGACAAUGAAAACGAAGUCCUGAAACAGACAGAGGGGGAGCUCACCAAGAGCCAGACUCAGGUGAUGGAGAAUGCCAUUGGAAAUCUCAGUGAAACUACACCGAGCCACAUGCCUGCCACAUCGGCUUCCUUGACCACAGUUUCCCCGAGCUCCAGCCUUGCUCCCGGGUGUCCAGGAAACCAGGUGAUGCAGGAGAACAGCACAGGCUGUGGCUGUCCAUCUGGCAUGGCGAAGGGCGAUGACGACAGCUGUACCUGCCCUAUGGGCUUCAUUCUGGAGUCAGGCGCAGGCUGUAAAGAUGUUGAUGAGUGCGAACAACAGGGGCCAGGACCAUGCGGCCUCCAUGCCAGCUGCACUAACACCCCCGGCUCUUACUCGUGUAGCUGUCUCCGUGGUUACCUGAUGGGUGCUGGAGGGUGCCAGGACAUAGACGAGUGCGCUCUUGCUGCAGUGACGGGCCUGCAGGCCUGUCAGGGUAACGCCGAAUGCAGAAACAGCCCUGGCUCCUUCACCUGCUCGUGCCCCUCGGGAUAUGUAAUGGCUCUAAAUGGACAAAGCUGUGUAGAUGUAGACGAGUGCAGCUUCGAGGAGCUGUGUCGCCGUGAGCUGGGAAAUGUGUGCGUGAACACUCCUGGCAGCUUUGUGUGCCAGUGCCAGCCGGGCUUCAGAGCAGAGGCCCCUGCCUGCGUCGGUCCUGUGUGUCCAGACUACACCGUGUGUCAAGAUGUGGAUGAAUGUGCGGAGAGUCCUGCGGUGUGUGAUGGUCAGGGUGUGUGUGAGAACACGCUUGGGAGCUACAAGUGUGUUUGUCGACCAGGUUACCGGGGAAACGGCACACACUGUGAAGAUGAGAACGAAUGUGCGUCAGGUAGUCACGGGUGUGACAUCAACGCUCGCUGUGGUAACAUCAUUGGCUCUUAUUUCUGCCAGUGCUACCAGGGCUUCAAUGGAGAUGGACACGCUUGUUUUGAUGUUGAUGAAUGUGCUGUGAACAACGGACACUGUGAACACAACUGCUCCAACGAGUUGGGAGGGUACAGCUGCCAGUGUGCUUCAGGCUACCAGCUGGACCAGGAUGGACGCAACUGCACAGACGUGGAUGAGUGCUCAGCACUGAAUGGGACCUGUGAGCACAUUUGCGUCAACACUCAAGGAUCUUUCCAGUGCUCCUGCAGGCCUGGCUACCAGCUGCACAUUGAUGGCCACACCUGCGUGGACAUUGAUGAGUGUAAACUCCAGAACGGCGGAUGCUCUCACACCUGCAGCAACUCUCUAGGCGGACACUUUUGCCACUGCCCUCCUCCUCUGCUGCUGGACACAGACAACCUCACCUGCAGCAAUGUUACAUCCUGCAAGCUGAGAAAUGGUGGUUGUGAGCACCUCUGUACUGUGAGGGCUGAGGAGCAGGUCCAGUGUAGCUGUCGAGCAGGCUGGAAGCUGGGCAAAGACCUGAGGAGCUGCCUGGAUGUCAACGAGUGCGGGGACUUCACAAACGGAGGCUGUGAGCAGGUCUGCGCGAACCAUCCCGGUGGGUUCAACUGCACCUGCAGGGAAGGCUAUGAAGUACGAACUGACGACCUCACCAAGUGCCAGCCUGUGUGCGACCCUCCUUGUCACAACUACGGAGUGUGUGUGGCCCCAAACAGCUGUGACUGUCCUCCAGGCUACCCCGGACUGGGCUGCUCAGCCAUGUGCUCACCACCCUGCGCCCACGGGGGCACCUGCAUGCGCUGGAACAAGUGUCUGUGUCCUCCUGGCUGGACCGGAGCAGGCUGCCACACAGCGGUGUGUGAGCUGCCAUGUGCUAAUGGUGGUCGCUGUGUGGGGCCUGACACCUGCCAGUGUCCCUCUGACUACACCGGCCUCCAGUGCCUGUCACCCCUGUGCACUCCUGCCUGUCAAAAUGGGGGAAGAUGUGUGGACGUCAAUAAAUGCACAUGUGUCAGUGGAUGGCAAGGAGCUCGUUGCCAGAUUGAGCCUGUUCAGUGUCAGAAACCUUGUAAGAACGGUGGAGUGUGUGUGGGCCAUAACAGGUGCCGCUGUGCCACAGGAUUUACAGGAAGCGUCUGUGAAACAGCGGUGACCACCCCCUGUGUGCCCCCCUGCCAACACGGGGCCACUUGCAGUCCUCACAACACCUGUUCCUGUCCAGAGGGCACUGCAGGUCUGCGCUGUGAGAGACUGACGUGCCCAGUGGUCACCACAGUGGUCAGCAUGGCUCGAGCUGUGAGAAAGGCGUUUAGGGAAAGUUACGUGGACCGCUGUGGGCCCCUUGGAGUUCAGCUUUGCACUAAAUACAGGAUAAACCAGGCCCGUGUGUACCUGCAGGCCUACAGGGUGGGCUACAAAAUCCAGUGUCCAGCGAGGAAGGGCAGAUGAACGAUGCAGUAGACAUCCUCCUCGUCAUGAGGAAACAUCACCCAACAGACAACACGCUGGGCAGCAUCACGAGGCAGCACACGACAACUGAAAUGAGACGAGCUGUAAGCUGUUAAAUUAAGUUAGUGCUGAGUUUCACCGUUAAAUGUGUGUCAUAAAGGCUGUUUAUUUUAUCUGUGACAUACGUUGACAAUUAUCUUUACACAGCAAAAAUCCUUAGUAUGUGAAAUGUACAAUGUUUCAUUGUUUGUCAUGUUUGUGUAUGGCAGC